CGCGGGGCGGGACGGGGCAGCGCGGUGGCGUCAGCGCGCUCCCGCCGCCUGAACCAGGAAGUGCCUGCGCAGGUAGCGGGUGUGCGGGUCGGCGGCGCUGAGCCGGCGGCCGCGAGACGGGCCAUGGCGGCCGCUGCAGAGCUGCAGGGGAAGUACCAGAAGCUGGCGCAGGAAUACUCCAAGCUUCGAGCUCAGAACCAGGUGCUGAAAAAAGGGGUUGUAGAUGAGCAAGCAAAUUCUGCUUCUCUGAAGGAGCAACUGAAGAUGAAGGAUCAAUCACUGAGAAAACUGCAACAGGAAAUGGACAGUUUGACCUUUCGAAAUCAGCAGCUUGCGAAACGAGUGGAGUUGCUUCAAGAUGAACUUGCUUUAAGUGAAGCCAGGGGCAAGAAGAACAAGAAAAGUGGAGAAUCUUCAUCUCAUUUGAGUCAAGAGCAGAAAAGUGUCUUCAACGAAGAUCUUCAGAAGAAGAUAGAAGAGAAUGAACGACUGCAUAUACUUUUCUUUGAAGCAGAUGAGCAGCAUAAACGUUUAGAAGCAGAGCUGAGAAGCAGACUUGAGGUUUUGGAAACUGAUGCUGCCCAGCAUCAAGCUGUGGUGGACGGUUUAACGCAGAAAUACAUGGAUACCAUAGAAAAGCUGCAGAAUGAUAAAGCCAAAUUAGAAAUCAAGUCUCAGACACUAGAAAGAGAAGCUAAGGACUGUAGGCUUCGAACCGAAGAAUGCCAGCAACAGUUGAAGAAUCUUCAAGCAGCUCUGGGCAGUAGACUGGAAGAAUCUCUAUGCAUAAUCAAUGAAAAAGUACCUUUUAAUGACACAAGAUCUAAUCAGUACAACGCUCUGAACGUACCAUUACACAACAGAAGAUACCAGCUGAAGUUGCGAGACCUUGCUGGGCAGGCCCUCGCUUUUGUUCAAGAUCUUGUAACAGCUCUUCUGAACUUUCACACGUACACUGAGCAGAAAGUCCAGAUAUUUCCUGUUGAUUCUGCAACAGACACUAUAUCACCGUUAAAUCAGAAGUUCUCACAGCAUCUUCAUGAAAAUGCAUCGUAUGUUCGCCCUCUGGAGGAAGGAAUGCUUCACUUGUUUGCGAGCAUUACAGAAGAUACUGUGACAGUGCUGGAAACAGCUGUGAAGUUGAAGGCUUUCACAGAACAUUUAUCUUCAUACUUAUGCUUUUUAAGAAAGAUUCUUCCUUACCAAUUAAAAAGUUUGGAAGAAGAGUGUGAGUCUUCUCUUUGCACAGCUGCCUUAAGAGCUAGAAAUAUGGAGCUACACAGAGACAUGAAAAAGUUGACUGCAGUUUUUGAGAAGCUACACACAUACAUUAGUCUUCUUGCUUUACCAAGUACAAAACCAGAGGGUCUUCUUAGGACAAAUUACAGCUUUGUAUUUACAAACAUUGCUGCAAGUCUUCAUGGAUUUCAUGACAUUCUGAAAGACAUUUCCAAGCACUACAGUCAGAAAGCAACUUUAGAACAAGAGGUUCCAACAGCCACACAGAAACUUAUAACAACGAAUGACUGCAUUUUAUCCUCUGUUGUGGCUUUAACAAAUGGAGUGGGCAAGAUUGCCUCAUUCUUUAGCAACAAUUUGGAUCACUUCACUGCUUCAUUGAGUUACGGGCCUCAAGGAGGAACAGAGUUCAUCAGCCCUCUUUCAGCUGAGUGUAUGCUGCAGUACAAGAAAAAGGCAGCUGCCUAUGUGAAAUCUUUGAAGAAGCCUUGUUCAGAUUCAGUGCCUUAUAAAGAGGCUUUGGCCAAUCGCCGAGUUCUUCUGAGCUCCACAGAAAGCAGAGAAGGCCUUGCACAACAGGUCCAGCAGAGUCUGGAGAAAAUUGCAAAACUUGAACAGGAAAAAGAACACUGGAUGUUGGAGGCCCAACUAGCUAAAAUAAAGCUAGAGAAAGAAAACCAAAAACUGAAGUACUCGCUUAGUGGACAUUUAGCUGAAACUAUACAAGAGCGCUCUGUCUUGCCAAAUGUAACUGAACAGAAGAAGGAGGAAACCACAGAAAAGAGUCAGAGGGAGCCUGUUAAAAGUACCAGUCUGAUUGGAAUGUUGACUAUGAGUACUGAUAAUGAAAAGGCUCCAGAUAACGAGUCUCGUGAAGACUUGAUAAAAAGCCACUAUAUGGCAAGGAUAGCAGAACUUACAUCCCAUUUACAGCUUGCUGACAGCAAAUCAGUACACUUUCAUGCUGAGUGUCGAGCGCUUGCUAAAAGACUGGCUUUAGCAGAGAAGUCCAAGGAAUCGCUCAUGGAAGAGUUGAAACUAGGUAGUCAAAACAUCAGUAGACUACAGGAUGAAUUGAUGACAACAAAGAGGAGUUAUGAAGAUCAGUUAAGUAUGAUGAGUGACCAUCUCUGCAGUAUGAAUGAAACCUUAACUAAACAAAGGGAAGAAAUCGAUACACUAAAGAUGAGUAGUAAGGUAAGUUGCCAGGUAUUGACACUGGGCACUGACUGCAGCUUGGAGCUCUGUGGGUUGCAUUUGUCAUUCAUGCAAUACUGGCCUUUAACAAAUCAAGUUACAAGCUGUAGUUAUUCUCAACCAAUUGGAAAGAAAGGUCCAAACCUUUUCCUGUGUAUUUCAGUGAAGCAAAGACUCUUGGAAAACGUAGGUGUGUGAAAGAUACUGUGUUGCUAAUUCAGAGUAGGGUCUGAAAAUGUACCCUCUGGCAGAUCAGCACCUUUUUUCAUCUGGGGAAAAUAAAAAUAUUUGCAAAUCCACUCAGUGAUACAGGGUAUUUAUGCUUCACUUACUGGUGGGAGUGUCCUCCCCGCACUCCUCUUUUGAUUGCAGUAUACUCUGUUCUUGGCAGUUAUUCUUUUUCUCCCUGUUAUUUUCAGGUUCUAGCAUAUCUUUUUCUUUUUUUCCCCUGCUUUGUGGAAAUGAAAAUAUUGCCACUAAAAUUCUCUUGUGAAUUCUCUCAAAAUGCACACUUUAGACUCCUUGCUUGGAAAAACUGUAUCCAUCAGAAAUAAUAGUUUUUGACUUGUCUUCCUUAUGUUAGUGAGUGAUGCAAUAACUGGAAGUCUGCCAUUUGGAGCAGUCAUUGCUUAGACUGUGGUAUAUUCUUUUCUGAAGAUUAUAGGAGGAAUCUGAUGUUGUGGAGACAUUUGUCCUUCACUGAUCUGCCUGUGAAAUUAAACUAGCAUUAUUCUCUUUAAUUGUGGGAUAUACAGAAGGAGGUUUUACUGAUGGGUAAAAAUCCAUGUUUUGAUUAGAGGUCACAUGACAGCCAUCUUUAUUUUUAGACUCUUCUCCCCAUGUACAGAAUUGUUUUUCUUCAGAUGUCUGAGUGUUUUGAUUUGGCAUUGCAAAUUUUCUUUUGGAUUACUUCUUGGUGUGUAAUCUUUUGUGUGUUUUUUUUAGAGGGAAGCUUUUGGUGUAUGCUGACCGUAACACUCUGUUUUGUAUAAAGUGUUUUCUGGAGGUUUUCCACUACUUGUACUUCUAAGAAUCAAAGGGGUCUGUCUCUAAGCAAGUAGUUCAAAAUCUAACAGCAGUAGACAGUGGUUUUGGUUUUCAAAUGCUACCAAAAUGCAGAAAGUGAUCCAGCUGAAGUUUAAGUGAUACAGUGAAGGCCACUAUCAUAUGGUGAGAGUUGCUUGUUUGAUUAAAAACAAAUAUUAUCUUAAGGAAAUAGGAAAACACUGAAUUACCAGCAAGUAAUUAUUAUACAAGUUUUUCUUAAGCUUUUUGCUUUGUGGAAUUGUUGAAAGUCAAUUGUGAAUUAGUUAGUUAGAAAAAAAGUUUUGUUUUGUUUUUUUUAAACUAGAAAUAUUAUGUAUAGAACCAAGCUAAAAUUAUUAUUUUUUUAAGCAAAAGGGGGGGAGGAUCUGAGGAGGUUCAACUCAAUUUGAAAGGAAAUUAUCCUUUAAGAUUUAUGUUUGAAAUACCAGUUAAGGACAAAAUAUGACUUGACUUGUCUUCACAGCCCUCACAAUAUUUGUGGUAUUAAUAUAACUGAUUUUUGGGGACAUAACUUAAAUGUCUUUUUCCCCCAGUUUCAGUUAAAGUAAGAUGCUUCUGUUUGAAGGCUCUGGUACUUUCCUGUCCAAAGCCUGUAAGAAUAGAGGUAUCUACAGAGCAAGCACUCCAGCUGUAGGUUUUCAUUAUUGAAAGCUUAUGGACUGCUUAUUUUCAGUUUGACUGUUUGUUUGAAGACAUAAAUUAUCAGGCAUCAGGUUGUUUUGUAUGUAGUUUGUAAAAGAAAGUUUAUACUUUCUUAUCUGAAUUAUAUAUUCUGUUCACUUGUUUCUUGUUGCUACAGGGAAAUUCUAAAAAGAACAAAAGUCGAUAGUUCACAGCUAAUCAACUGUCUUCAGAGGCUGCUGCUGCUGUACAGAAUGCAGAUACUGAAAGCUCGGUGUCCAGUUCCUGUUUGUUAAAGGAAGCAGAGGUGGUAUUGGGUCUAGUAGAAACUGAUUUGGUGCUGUAAAUGGCUUUCAAACAUUUAGAACUUGUAACAGAUGAAACAGAACUUAAUGUUGGCUCUAAACCAGAAAAUAUACACUCUGUGGAUAAUUUAUAUAGAAAUUACCUUCAGUUUUUACUGUGCACUUUUUAAAACCAGGUUUUAAUUUCAUAUUAUAACUUCAGAUUUUGUAUAUUUUCAGAGCUGAUUAUGCAUUAACAAACUUGGUAUCAGUGCAGUAGCUGUCUAUUUCUGAGUUAAGUUAAACUGUCAACAUGUGUACAUUCAGUUACUUGUUAAUAGUUUAAAAAUGAAGUUUGAAGACUCUUUUGGGGCCAUGCAAGCUGUGCAGUUACUGUAAAUGUAUUAUUCCUGUUCUCAGCUCAUUUGAAUUAAUCGGGAUUGUGGCUUUAAAAAUUAUUUCUAUAAAUUCACACAAGUAAAUGGGAUCAUUCUUAUUUUAGACCAUAAUAAUGAAAACUUGCUGCUUGUAUUUGGCACUUUGGAUUUUGAAAUAAAGAGCACAAAUAGCUGAAUUGGGAUAUGUCUAUGAAAUUGCUUUAGGCCCUUAUUUAGGCAUUUUGUUUACUGAUUGAAAUAGCUGUUUAAAGCUAGAGCAAAAUGUGAUCAUAAGAUGCCCCAAAAGAGUGAAGCAAUAUACAUUUGUAGAAUAGAUCAGCUUACAGUGCUUUCUUACAGUAAAGAAUAUGAAAUAUGUAGAAGACUUAAACACUGAAUUUGCAAAAAGUCUUUUGUGGAAUUAAGACAUUAUCCCGAUGAAGUGAUGUGGGUGAGAAUGUAGCUUUUUCUGUGUUUCAGGAAGUCUGUGAACUUUCAGCCUCCUAAAUCUCUUAGGAAUUUUAAGUGAAGUCUAUUACCACAAGUUUUCACAGCAUUUUUUUAAAAUCAGAUGCUGUGCUGCUCAACACUUUACAUUGGGUUUCUAUUCCAUAAUUUGCAUUAUGGCACUUGUCCCAUAAGGGUUUACUCUGAUAUCAGCUAUAUCAAUAUGUAUUAUGAGUAUGUAAUAAAAUCAGUUGCACAGAGGCA